AUGUCUCAGUCUGACGAGUAUGUUGUAGUGGGUGCCGGUAUCACCGGCCUCUACACUGCCUACUGCCUUAUUAAUGAUGCCAAAGUGUCUCCUCGCAAAAUUUCCGUAAUUGCUCAAUACAUGCCUGGUGAUCAGUCCAUUCACUAUACCUCACCAUGGGCUGGAGGCAACUUCUCUUGUAUUACUCCAGACGAUCCAGAUACUCUAGAAUUUGAUAAGUACACCUACACUAAUCUUAAGCAGUUGCAGGCUAAGAUUGGAGGGCCUAAGAAGGGUAUCGAUCAUAAUCCCACAACUGAAUAUUGGGAUAUUUACCCCGGUGAAAAGAAGGUUGACUCUCUAAAGAGUUAUUUGACGGAUCUCAUUAUCAUUCCAAAGUUCCAAUUGCCUAAGGGUGUGGCUUUUGGUAUUAAAUACACUACUUGGGACUUUUUUUGUCCCUUCUACUUGGCCAACAUUAAGGAGUAUCUAGAAACCUCUGGUGUCAGAUUUAUUAAGAAGAAACUUACCCAUAUAGCCCAGGCUUAUUUGCCAAGGACUAAGGUGGUUUUCAACUGUACCGGUAUUGGAGCUUUUUCGAUUUCCGGAGUUAAGGAUUCCAAAGUCUACCCUACUAGAGGACAGGUUCUUGUCGUGCAUGCUCCUCAUAUUCAUGAGAACAGAAUGCGUUGGGGUGAAGACUAUGCUACCUAUAUUAUUCCUAGACCUCAUUCUCACGACCAAUUAAUUCUAGGUGGCUUUUUGCAGAAGGAUAACUGGACCGGUGAUACUUCUGGAGAGGAGUCUAGGGACAUCAUCAAAAGAACUACGGAGUUGAUGCCAGAAAUUCUUGAUAGACCUUUAGAAAUCUUGGCCGUUGCUGCUGGUCUAAGACCUUCUAGACAUGGAGGUGUCAGAAUCGAAUCUGAGCACGUUGAAGGUAAGUUACUUAUUCAUAACUAUGGUGCCUCAGGUUACGGUUAUCAGGCUGGUUUCGGUAUGGGUCACAGAGCAGUUCAGUUGAUGUUAAAGGAACAGCAAUUGUACUGUAAGUUGUGA